AUGCUUUGCACCCCUUCACGAUCUACUAGUUCUAAUAGGACUAAUAGAAAGGAAUUAGAACCUUUCCAACGGGGAGUUAUAAUUGGCUGAUUCCUUGCAGGCCAGAAAAAGGCUGAUAUUCAGCGCGAAAUGAAUUUAUCAUAUACAACAAUUCAAACCACCAUUCAAACAUAUCAGUCCUCCACCACUGGCACUCGCUCUCCUCGCAUUGGACGGCCAGAGAUCCUUUCUGAUGCUGAUAAGCGAUAUAUUCUUUUACAAAUCAAGCGGGGUCCCUUCAUCAAAACUGAAGAUAUCUGCAACUUACUUGGAAAGCCCAUCUCUACACGCACCAUUGCACGCAUGUUAGAAGAAUCUGGCUGAACUACGCUACGAAUGGGCAUACAUGCGCAAGUAUUGGACGUAUGAGCAUUGGAGCAAGAUUAUAUAUGGAGUGAUGAAUGUUCAGUUGAGCUUGGCAAA